AUGGCGAUAUGUUCGACGGGCUCGGUCGCCUUCAUAUUCCUUCAGUUCUUCAGCUCGACACCGUCCCAGCUCUUUGCAGGCCAACUUCUCAACGGCUGCAUCAUCGCAUUCUAUCCCACCUGCGCCUCGGCGUAUGUGGGCGAGGUCUGUCCGCUAGCUCUUCGCGGGUUUGCCGCCUCGAUGACAAACCUCGCGUCGUUGUUGGCCAAUUCAUUGCCUCUGGCAUCCUCAAAGCUCUGUAAGAAGGGCAGAUACGACGAGGCCGAGAAGUCAAUCCGACGAUUGGCUACACCCGGCAUUGACCCCAGCCUGAAACUUGCGCACGUCAAGGAGACGCUUCGCCUGGAAGAUGCCUUCAAGAGCGACAACGCACCCAGCAUCCUCGACUGCUUCCGCGGCCCCAAUCUCCGCCGUCUCAUCAUCUGCGUCAUGGCCUACGACAUACAGGAAUUCACGGGCAACAUCUUGUUCAUCGACUACGCAGUCUACUUCUUCGAGCUCGCUGGGCUGGACACGUCCGAGGCGUUCAGCAUGAAUCUCUGCCUCACCGCCAUCGGCUUCGUCGGCACCUGCCUGUCGUGGUGGGUCGUGUCCUUCGUUGGGCGCCGCAGUGCCUACCUAUGGGGCUGUGGCACGCUGUCCAUCUUCUGCUUCAUUAUCGCGACGCUUGACUUCGCACCGACCGCUACGCAUGCCGCGACUUGGGCGCAGUGCUCCCUGAUGCUGAUUUGCAAUUUCGUCUAUGAUAUCACCAUCGGUCCGUACUGCUUCGUGCUGCUGGCAGAGGUGUCGUCGGCUCGUCUUCGUGGGAUGACCAUCGGCCUGGCUACGGUGACGUGUCAUGUGGUCUCCAUAGUCCUUGCGGUCGCGAUACCGUAUGCGAUGAACGAGGACCAAGGAAACUGGCGUGGCAAGAUCGGGUUCCUGUUUGCCGGUUUGGGAGCGUUGAGCACGGCGUACUGCUUCUUCUGUCUACCCGAGACACGUGGUCGUACGUUUGAGGAGCUCGACGUCCUGUUUGAGAGGAAGGUCUCCAGCCGCAAGUUCCAUGACUAUGAGAUAAACGGCGCCGUGGCGGCGAGCGAGGAGCUGAGGUAA